AACUCUGGAUGGGUCAGGGAUUUCUUUUCAAAUCAGAGGAUAGCCUUAAGCCAAUGGAAGAUAUAGGCAAUGGCUACUUCAAUGAGUUGUUGUCCAAUUCUCUAUUUCAAGAUGUUAAAUGGGAUUUGUACGGGAACAUUGAAUCUUGCAAAAUGCAUGAUCUAGUGCAUGAUCUUGCACUGCUUGUUUCAAAAGGUGAAACCUUGAUUUGGGAUACUAGUUGCAACAUUGAUGACCAAAAUUUUAGUACUAUUCAACAUUUAAGAGUCCAGUCUAAUGGAAAGGAUCUUCCAACCAUUCCAAAGAGUAUUGCUCAAAGGUUGCAUUCUUUGUUUUCGGAGGUUGGUGUCUUUUGCAGCAUGGCAUCAAAUCUUAAAAGCUUGAGAUCUUUAAAAUUAAUAGGAGAUGGGAAAACGAAGUUGCCAGCUUCCUUCGGCAAAUUGAACCAUUGGAGGUACCUUGACAUCUCAGGAACUUAUGUCAGAACAGUACCAAAAUCCUUCUCCAAGCUCUAUAAUCUGCAGACUACAAAAUUUAUCAACUGCUAUAAUCUUGAAAAGCUUCCCAAUGGCAUCGCAAAUCUCAUCAGCUUGACGCAUAUCUAUUCUAGUGAUCUAAGGUAUAUAUCUAAUAUGCACUUAACUUCCCUUCGAACAUUAUCACAAUUUGUUGUGAGCACAAAAAAGGGACGUCGGAUUGAAGACCUUGGAUGCUUAAGCCAACUUGGAGGAAAACUAGUGAUUUCGAAGCUUGAACAUGUAAGAUCAGAAUUAGAAGCCUCUAAAGCAAACCUGAAAGAAAAGACAAAAUUGCAACAAUUGGUAUUAAGGUGGAGUAGUAGAGAUGGAAAAGAAGUCAACAACAACAACGAUGAAGAGGUUCUAAAAAGCCUUCAACCUCAUUCAACUUUGAAAAGCCUCACUAUUGAUUGUUACAUAGGAAAGAGGUUCCCAUCUUGGAUGGUGAGUGGCAUCAAUAGUUCUAGUUCUUCAUUCCUUCUCGACAACAUGGUGCAGUUGAAGUUAAUCAAUUGCCAUGAAUGCCCGUGUAUUCCAAGUUUGGGACUAUUGCCUAGUCUCAAGGUUCUUUAUAUUGAAGGAAUGAAAAAUGUCAAAAGAAAGGGUCACAAGCAUCAAGUGGAUGGGGAAGAAUCAAUCAGAUUGUUCCCAGCUUUGAAGACACUCACCGUGAGUAGAAUGGAAAGGCUAGAGGAAUGGGUUGAAGUUGAGGAAUGGGAUUCAGUUGUUGAGGAUGCAGCUGCAGAGAGCCAAGGUGUGAUCGUGCUUCCUUGCCUUGAGGAGUUGCUGAUUUCUAGUUGUCCUUUGUUGAAGACUUGGUCGAUGGGUGGAUUUUCAUCUCAUCACAAGCUCUCCAACCUGCGGAUAGAACAGUGUUUGAAUCUGAAGGCUAUCCCUGGUUUAGAUGGGCUCUCAGCUCUUAAAAAAUUAGAUCUCGAGCGGUGUCUUGGAUUAACAAGUCUACCAAUUGGGCUUGGAUCUUGCAUCUCUCUGUUGUUGCAAAUUGGAGGUUGCCAAAAUUUGAACUCCAUUCCAAGUAUAAAUGGGCUCACAUCUCUUGAAAGACUCAACCUUUUAAAUUGCGAUGGAUUAACGUGUCUUCCAAUUGGGUUGGACUCUUGCUAUUCUCUUCAGCAGUUGGGAAUUGGAAGUUGCUCUAAUUUAAUUUCCAUUUUUGACAAUAUCGGUAAAUUGUGUUCUCUCAGUAUUCUUAGAAUCGCACGUUGCGAGGGGCAUUCAAAGUGGACUGGGAUACUGCAGUUCUCUUCUCUUCAGCAGUUGGAAAUUAGAAGUUGCACUAAUUUAAUUUCCAUCACUGAAGAUAUCAGGAAAUUGCAUUCUCUCAGUAUUCUUGCAAUCAGAUAUUGCGAAAAUCUAAGGAGCAUUCCAGGGGAAUGGCUACAUAGCCUCAUCCGCUUGAAGGAGUUAAGCCUUGGUCCUUUCUGGUCGGAGUUAGAGGAAUUCCCAGGAUUGACCUCCAUUCAUCAAUUCCACGCCUCUCUUGAAGUAUUGUUCUUGUUCGGAUGGGAUAAACCAACAUCUCUGCCACAUCAGCUUCGACAUCUCACUGCCCUUAAGCAAUUGAGGUUAGAGGACUUCAAUGGACAGGAAGCUUUGCCAGAGUGGUUGGGAGACUUCUCUUCUCUUCACAAGUUGGAGAUUGUGCGUUGCUCUAAUUUGAAUCAUCUGCCUUCUAUUGAAGCCAUGCGACGCCCCUCCAACUUACAAUAUUGUCGCCUUUUGGAUUGUCCGAAAUUGAAGAAAAGAUGCAACAAAAAGAGGGGCCCCGAAUGGUCAAAGAUCUUGCACAUUCCCAAUAUCAGAAUCCAUGACAAGGACGUGCAGGGCGAAUACAAAUAUUCCAGUGACAUCUGUCUUGCCGAUCAAAGUCUUGAGCUGUCUCAGAUUGACAGUUUAAGUGGACUGCCUUGCAAAGGGUUACCAUGCCAAAUGCCUGAUCUGUUGUGCAAACUGAAUUGUUGAUUCUUCUGUGGCUCUCUUGUCAGUGCCAAAACCAGAGUUCCUCUAGGUUAGAGAUUAUGGUGUUUUUGCACUCGCUACUUUGCUAACUGUUAAUGGUCAAAUAUGGAGUCUGGACUCCUUACGACUUGUGAACUGCAACACUUUGAGAACAUGCUUUUCCCAUUGACAAGAGCACUGCAAGUUCACGAGUAUAGAUGAUGGUGGUAGUCCUUUCGGUUUUUCUUGGAUUGUACAGAUCCUGGUGCCAUAGAUUCUGUGUGCACACAUUUUGCAGUAGUGAGGAGAGCAUUGAAUUUUACUUGGAAUUAACCAACAAAUCAACUCUUCUACCAUUUCGCAGGCUCUUGUGGUUUUAUGGUAAAAUGGCUUUUCAAACCUUUUUCUUUGAAUCUAAAACAUAUUAUACCUGGUUUGAAUAAAUUCUCCGUACAACUUUGACUUUGAUGAUGUAAUAAUGGACAUUCAAUCAACAAAUGGAGUGAAGAGAAACUGACAAUGAGAUCCCUGUGCACCAAGUGAUUACUCGUAGGAUGGUCUCAAUAGCAUCAAUGUGGUUAUGAUAGAGUUAUAACUUUGGUUUUAUCAAACAAUGGCUUAAUCAGAGAAGUGCAAAACUUCUGUCUCAGCUAGUCUCAUUGAAGAAAAUGAGAUGGGGAAUGCAAUGAAAACAGAAUGAUUGGAGCUGGAAUUCAGGAUAUUUCAGUGUUCAUCAAAGCUGAAAAACAUUUUUGAGAAUGCAUGUAGCAGUUUCAUUUUGAUUCAUGUCUUGAAAAAGAUGCAACAAGAUUAUAUGCUUCACUUUCUAAAAUGCGAGGAGCAGUUGGAGAUAGAGAAUGUGAACAAGAAAAGAAAAAAAAUACACCAAAAGAAAAGGUGGUGAUUAUGAAGCAGAAAUUAAACUGUGUUGAUUACAUUUCAUUUAUUUUGCUUUGCUUCAUUUCUAAAGAAUAAAAUGAACCCUUGUUCCUUCAGUGCCUCUGUUCUUUGUCUUGGAAAAGCUAUGGCGGAAAUUCACUAAGGCUCAUAAAGUGUCUUCAAGCAGAUGUGUUUCAUUAUCCGAACCUGUACCUGUUUCAUUCUCGUUUGUUCUCAAUUUUCUUCUUGUAUUACUUGUUUUCUCUUUCUUUGUGCUGUUAGUUGAUUAUUUGAAGAUGAUUUUGUAACACUAAAUUGAUAUAGUGGAAUUUUUUUUUAAUGGAUCAGAGGUCCCGUGGCUCUUACUCUCUUCUAUUCGAGGAGUUGCUGUCAUAUAAAUUGUUGUAGCCAAGUUUGCGUUCUUUUUUUUAUUCUUUCUUCCUCUGCAGUGAUUUGUUGAUCUGCAAAAGGAACUGAUCUCAUAAACCUUUCAAGUUUCACCUGCCAUCUUGAGUCACAUUUCGAAAUAUAGGUCUAAUAACAAUAUUCAUUAUUU